GCGCCCCUGUUAGGGUGGGCCCGACGGGCGGAAGAGGAUGCGCGGGGCCCCGGCCUGGCCUGAGCUCGGCCCGCAGCACCGGGCGCCCUGCGCCGCCCUCGACGUUUCCCGGAGAAGCGGCCGGCUCUGACGGGCGAGAUGAACUCCUGAGCUGUGAUUUGAAGGAAAUCCCCCUUCCUCCUGCUGGGCAAACAGAAGGUAGAGGUCAAAGGUGUCCACGUGGCAUUGGGAAAGGGAUCAGAGCGGCAGCAGCCACUGGCAUUCACCUCCCGGCUCCUUUCUCCUGCCGCUUGUCUGCUGGGACCAGAGGAUCAGAGGUGCUUCGUCCUGUGGUUUCCCAGAAACGGCUCUGCCGCUGGAGCGCCCACUCAGGCCGGGGCUGUGCUGGGACUGGUCCUGGGUGCACCCCACAUCUGCCUCUUUCACUUUGGGCAGAACAGACGGGAACCCCGCUUCUGGUCCGUACCCUCUGGCCGGCCACGUCAGCGCUCGCAGCUUUGGGGAUGUUAGCAGAGCCGCACUUUACAAGGCACGCAGGCGCUUGGAAUAUGCUCACGGCGGCCGUGUGCGUGGCCCUGCUGGGCUGCCUGCAGGCCCAGGAGCUCCAGGGACAUGUCUCUGUAAUCCUGCUGGGAGCCACCGGGGACCUGGCCAGAAAAUACCUAUGGCAGGGGCUGUUCCAGCUGUACCUGGAGGAGGCGGGGAAGGGCCACAGUUUUCGCUUCCACGGGACUGCUUUGACGAACACCAAGCAGGGCCAGGAGGUCAUAGCCAAGGUCCUGGAGUCCCUCUCCUGCCCCAGGGACACAGCUCCCGGUCGCUGUGCUGAGCUCAAGGCUCAGUUCCAGCAGCUGAGCGAGUACCGCCGCCUGAAGACACCUGAGGACUAUCUGGCCCUGAGCAAGGACAUUGAGGCCUGGGUCCAGCACGAAGGCCUCCAGGAGGCCGGCAGGAUUUUCUACUUCUCGGUGCCACCCUUCGCCUAUGCAGACAUUGCCCGCAGCAUCAACAGCAGCUGCCGUCCAGGCCCAGGUGCCUGGCUGCGCAUUGUCCUUGAGAAACCCUUUGGCCAUGACCACCGCUCAGCCCAGCAGCUGGCCACAGAACUUGGGAGCUUUUUCCAAGAGGAGGAGAUGUACCGGGUGGACCAUUACCUGGGCAAGCAGGUGGUGGCCCAGAUCCUGCCUUUCCGAGAUCAGAACCGCAAGGCCCUGGACGGCCUCUGGAACCGGCACCACGUGGAGCGGGUGGAGAUCAUCAUGAAGGAGACUGUGGACGCAGAAGGUCGCACCAGCUUCUACGAGGAGUACGGCGUCAUCGGCGAUGUGCUGCAGAACCACCUGACCGAGAUCCUCAUGCUGGUGGCCAUGGAGCUGCCCCUCGACAUCAGUAGCUCGGAGGCGGUGCUGGGGCACAAGCUCCAGGCCUUCCGGGCCCUGCGGGGCCUGCAGAGGGGCAGUGCUGUCGUGGGCCAGUACCAGGCUUACCGUGGGCAGGUGCGCAGAGAGCUGCAGAAGCCAGACAGCUUCCACAGCCUGACGCCGACCUUUGCAGGCAUCCUCGUUCACAUAGACAACCUUCGCUGGGAGGGGGUCCCUUUCAUCCUGAUGUCCGGCAAAGCCUUGGAUGAGAGAGUGGGCUACGUUCGGAUCUUGUUCAAGGACCAGGCGUACUGUGCCCAGAGCGAGAAGCGCUGGGUCCCGGCCCAGAGCCACUGCCUUCCUCAGCAGAUCAUCUUCUACAUUGGCCACGGUGAGCUGGGCGGCCCAGCCGUGCUGGUCAGCAGGAACCUGUUCAGGCCCUCCCUGCCCUCCGCCAGCUGGAAGGAAGUGGAGGGCCAGCCUGGGCUUCGCCUCUUUGGCCGCCCUCUGUCUGAUUACUACGCCUACAGCCCUGUGAGGGAGCAGGACGCCUACUCCAUCCUCAUCUCUCAUAUCUUCCACCGCCGGAAGGACUCCUUCAUCGCCAUGGAGAACUUGCUGGCUUCCUGGGUCUUCUGGACGCCCUUGCUGGACAGCCUGGCCCACGAGGUCCCACGUCUCUACCCAGGAGGAGCAGAGAAUGGACACCUGUUGGACUUUGAGUUCAGUGGCAGCCACGUGUCCUUCUCCCAGCCGCCAUUGGAGCAGCUGGUACCGGGGCCGGAUUCUGCUCCGAUGCCCAGCGACUUCCAGGUUCUCGGGGCCAAGUACCGAGACAGCCCGCUGAUAUCGGCCUGGCCGGAGGAGCUGAUCGCCAGGCUGGCCGGCGACAUCGAGGCUGCAGCUGUGCGGGCUGUGAGGCGCUUUGGCGAGUUCCACCUGGCACUCUCGGGCGGCUCGAGCCCUGUGGCCCUGUUCCAGCAGCUGGCCAUGGGGCACUACAGCUUCCCCUGGGCCCACACACACCUGUGGCUGGUGGACGAGCGCUGCGUCCCGCUCUGGGACCCCGAGUCCAACUUCCAGGGCCUGCAGGCUCACCUGCUGCAGCACGUGCGUGUCCCCUACUACAACAUCCACCCCAUGCCCGUGCACCAGCGCCAGCGGCUCUGUGCCGAGGAGGACCAGGGCGCCCAGGCCUAUGCCGAGGAGAUCUCCACCCUGGUGACCAACAGCAGCUUCGACCUGGUGCUGCUGGGCAUGGGCACCGACGGGCACACGGCCUCCCUCUUCCCUCAGUCACCCGUCGGCCUGGACGGCGAGCAGCUGGUGGUGCUGACCACGAGCCCCUCCAGCCCGCGCCGGCGCAUGAGCCUCAGCCUGCCCGUCAUUAACCGCGCCCGCCAGGUGGCGGUCCUGGUCAUGGGCCGGAUGAAGCGCGAGAUCGCCCUGCUGGUGAGCCGCGUGGGCCGCGAGCCCAGGAAGUGGCCCAUCUCGGGCGUCCGGCCCGAUUCUGGCCAGUUGGUGUGGUACAUGGACUAUGAUGCGUUUCUGGGGUGACGGCGCCUUUGCCCUUUGCUCACCCCCGCGCUUUCCUUCACCCAUCGUCUCUCCGCCCCCUCCAUCCUGCCCCAGCCCUCGUGCCCUGCUCUCUGGAAUCUGAUGCCUCGUGGUCAGGCUCCCGGAGACGAAGGACAAAGCCCUUUCUCAGCCUCUGUGACCGUCCCUGCCUAGUGGUGGUGGGUACACACGGGAACAAGGAAGAAAUGGAAUCUCUGCUCUUGAGAAGCUUCGAAUCCAAGUCAGGAGAGAAAUGUCCACCUUAAGAAAAGACCUGCAGCAGUCACACGUGAACACCAGCCAGCACAAAAUAGGACGGUCUGAAAGCUCCCCGCUUGAGCAGGAAUGUGGUGGGCCGAGGUUAACGGGGGGGGUUUCCUGCGGGCCGGGACCCUUCGACCGGCUCUGGUGGAAAAACAGAAGGUGGAUGGUAGAAAGCAGGAGCCCAGGCACCAGCGGCCCUGUGCCCCCCACAGAGCAGGCGGCUGGGAGCCCUCCCCCCUCCUCCAUCCCCUUCCGCCCGAGCCUCUGACGCAGCCUGCUGUCCUGUCUCCUCCAGGGCCACCUCCACCUGCUCUGCAUCUUGGGUCUCUUUCUUUUCAGUCCCGACCAUGGAGAUCUUCCCACCCCCUCUCUGUUUCUUUGCUGUUGCUCAGACGCCCCAUUUAUGGACAGAUGAUGACAGUAACACGGUGACAAACAAGAUGUUAAAAUGGAGCCAGAAAUCGUGCGACUGUGGUUUGCAGCUCCUUUUCUCAGUAGAUGGAUUUCUCCUGAUGGCAGGAGGCUCUGGUUCCCCAGCUCUGUCAGGGAAGACCCCUGCCCCACGCUUGCGCUCCCGUCCCCAGCCAACUCUGCGUGAAACACACUGGAGAUAGAUGAUCAGGAUUUAAGAGGGUCCUUUGUGUCUCAGGGGACUUCCCAGUGAGUGUUUCCACUCUCGGUGUCCCCUCUUGUUUUACCUGGGAAGAUCCAGUUAAAUCUUUCUCUUGACGGUGACAUCUCAUUUGGGGGGAGAGAUGUGACAUCAGGUGAUCGCGACCAUCCAGGUGCUCUGAUCUGACCAGGCUGAGCCAGGCCUCCCUGGUGGGGCCCUGCAGCUCACGUCAGCACUGGCUGCCCACGACCAUCUCAGGGACUUGACUGAUGGUCAGCACCGAGGGAGGCUGCCGCCUGCCCUUCUCAUACUACCUCGUGGCGGCAUCGGCCUCCUGUCUGCCGGUCCCUCCUGCCAGCGCUCACCUCACCACUAACGCGUUGCUGAAGAUCUGGGGGAAACCAACGAGCUUCUCGUUAAGAGUAGGUGGGUGCUCCGCUCCUGAGAAGCCAUGGGUCAGUAAUACCUGUUUUUCUGAAACCCACAAGGCAGGGGCAUCUCCAAAAUUCUUUUUUAAAAAAUCAAAAUUCUCAGGACACUUUUUUUUUUUUUUGGCUGCGUUGCGUCUUCAUUGCUGCUCCGGCUUUCUCUAGCUGGGGCGAGUGGGGACUAUUCUUCGUUGUGGUGCACUGGCUUCUCGUUGCGGAGCAGGGGCUCUAGGCGUGUGGGCUUCAGUAGUUGUGGCACGCGGGCUCAGUUGUGGUACGUGGGCUCAGUAGUUGUGGCACGCGGCUCUAGAGCACAGGCUCAGUAGUUGUGGCGCACGGGCUUAGUUGCUCCGCGGCACGUGGGAUCUUCCUGGACCAGGGCUCGAACUUGUGUCCCCUGCAUUGGCAGGCGGAUUCUUAACCACUGCGCCACCAGGGAAGCCCUCUCAGGACACAUUUAAUUUUUAUUUCAACUUCCCACAUAGCCAUGUCCCCAAGAUAUGUCAAUAAAGGAUAAGACAGGUA